AUGUCAUCUCCGCCAGGUCUACUGUUCGGUCCCCUGGACACUGUUGCCCUUGUGUUUAUUUUCAUUGGCUUUUCCGCUAUUGCUAUGUAUAAUAGUGUUGAGGUUUUUGGUCGUAUUUUUAUUGUGUUUAAACGCUAUACUGGUGUUUACUUCUACAGUUUGAUCGUCGCAACAUUAGGAAUCGCUUUCUAUCAGACCUUUAUCGUUCUUAUGAUUCUUACUCCUUGGAAUACGUAUGUUGUGAAUACGGGUGGUGCUCUUGGAUGGGCGGUUAUGGUUACUGCCCAAUCUGUGGUUUUAUGGUCUCGGCUUCAUCUUGUACUUCGCAAUCCCCGAGUACUAAGAUGGGUCUUGGGUAUGAUCAUUUUUAAUGCUAUUGCUUGUUCACUUACUGAAGUUGCUCUCUCGACUGUGGGAGUUUCAACUGGAUCCGUAUCUUCAUAUGAACCCUUUACUAUUAUAGACAAAGUUGGCGUGGUGGUAUUCGGUAUCCAGGAAGGUAUCAUUUCCGCCAUAUAUAUAUUUGAGACGCGGAAGCUUCUCAAGAAUAACGAAAUGAUUUGGAGAACGAACGCUAAAAAAGUCAUGAGAGAUCUCAUUAUCGCUAACAUUUUUAUCGUCAUAAUGGAUAUUAUCGUCCUUUUUCUGGAGUUUCUUGGUUACUGGGGCGUCUGGUGCAGCUUUAAAGGGAUGGCCUACAGCAUGAAGCUCAAGGUUGAAUUCAAUAUCCUUAACCAGCUUAAAGAUCUUUUGGGUCCCUCGCAAAAGAGCACAGCUUACAAUAUCGGCAAGAAGGGUACAUAUGAUCUAGAGCUCAAUGCUGUUGGAAGCCACACGAAGGACACUGGAAUCGUCUCCGCAAACGAGGAACGCGAAAUUAAUAUUCAUGCUUUGAAUAAUAAUCGCAUCCUUAGGACUACGGAUAUUACUUUGCAAACCGGCCAGGAAGACCCAAAGAAUAAAACCAAACACUACGGCCAUUCCUCUUCGCCAACAUCGUCAACGGUCGAGUUCGCUGUCAAAGGGGUAUAG